CAAAUUUGUAUUUCCAUAUUUCCCUCUAACUGAUUCUGAAAAAAGGGUAAAACAACAUGGACGCUGAAAAUGGUAUAAAAGGACCUGAAAAAAUACGUUUGAUAUGAAUGUGCUGGAGUGAAGACAAAGUCUUGAAGCUUUCGGCUAAUAAGUUCAAAAUAUCAUGGAAAAGUGCAGGCUCUGCAAGAAAAUCUUCCCAUCUCUGCUAGACUUGCUUUAUCAUGAAGAAGAUGAUCACGAGAUCAUAACUCCCGACAGGUGUGGCAUGUGUCUAAAGGGAUUUCCCAGCAAAUCAUCGUGUUUACGUCACCAACAAAUUAAGCAUGACACUAAGAAUCUUAAUGAUUUUUUAAAAAAGCGCGUUGAAGACAUAUCUGUUCAACCGUCCUCUCGAAAAAUUGCUCGUUUGGAAGUGCAAAAAUUCUUUAAUGCACUUGGUGAUUGCUUUGGUCGUGGUAUCUUUCUGAAACAAUUUAUAAAGUCGGGUAGCUAUUCUACUGACACAAAAGUGCUCCAUGCAGACGAGUUUGAUUUUGAUGUUCCUUUGAGAUACUCGUUGGAAGAAUUGCAUUUGAACCGUGAGGGUAGCAGAGUGCAUUAUCACUUCCACCAAAGACAAAAGACUUUAAAUUUAAAUGUGAAAAUGUAUGUAUACAAGACAAAAAGCUGGGAUGGAGUUCCGCAAGGUUUCGUCGAAAUAAGGACAGCAAAUGAAUACCCUAUUGUGCCACGGUCAAUUCAAGAAGAGCUGUAUAAAGAUCUUUUGUGCGCUAAAGAAAGGUUAGAGGGUACGAAAAAUGACGCACCCUGGCGUACUGUUGUAGAUGUUCGUAUUGAAGCAAAGGGACCAGCUUUAACUGUCACAAUCAAGAAAGAAGGUUUACCAAACAUUAGUGUUGAUCUGUGUGCAUCAAUUGCUACUCAACAAAUUACACUUGAUAAUUUUGACUGGCCUAGAUGGCAAACGAAAGAUAUCCUGUCAGAGCGGUUAAUUAAAUCUAUCUACGAUGCUGGCUUGCACCUUAUACCAAAGACAUUAAAGUUUUGGUAUAUUUCUGUUUCAAGAGCAGGUCGAGUUCUUAUGAAAGGGAUUGAUGCCAAUGACAGGGGAUGCAGAAGAAAAUGUCACAAACUGUUAAAAGCAGAUUUUCAAACAUGGAUUGGAAGAUCUGGAAACAAUUUACCUGGAAUGUCAACAAUGAUAUUUAAACAUCAAUUAUUUUGGAUGAACGAGGAAAAACAAUUGGAUUGGUCUCAAUCCAAGAUUGCGAGUCGGUACUUGGACAUGCUGGAAGAUUUGUCCGAAAGAUUAAGAAGCGGUGUUCUUUACAAUUAUUUUAAAGAUUAUGAAAAUCUCCUGCAAGACAAAGACCAACAAGUGCUAAACCAAGUGGCAAAUCACGCCGAAGCAAGAAGACAAGAACUAAUGGCAAUGGGAUAAAGCUUUUAGUUAUUUGGACUGAAUGGAAUUUCACUGAAUUAAUGUUUAUACUUUUUGACUUAUAAUGGGCGCUGGUUUCCACUAGACGAAUUAUUUUUUAGAAUUGAAAAGCCUCAAUUCCUAAAAAUAAUUCGUCUAGUGGAAAUCAGAUUUUUUCAAAAGAACUUGAAUAACUUCGUACAUAAAAAAGUAUUUCUAAAACCAAGAACACUAUUGGUAUCAUAUUUUUUGUCAGCAAAUGUUCUUGCCAUUAACAGCUUUCGUUAUAAAAGCCUUUAAUUCUUGCCAUGUUUAUAAACUUAUUUGUUUUUUCUUUUUCAAUGAAUUUUAUCCUCUCUUUAUAGGUUUUUUGAAAAAAUUUUAAGCACGAAAUAUUUUUGCAAUCCAUGGCACGAUUUCGCUAUUUUACGAAAAAUGUCGGGAAAUCUCUAUAAUAAUAGCCGUAUUUUGUCUAUUCAAAAGGGUUACCGAUAUUCCUUUGAUCUUUCCGCGAAUUUUUAGAAACUAGGGGGUUGUUUAAUUGGAAAUCUUAUGAUUUAUCAAAAUAAAUUACAGAAAUUAAUUUAUUUCCUUUAAUUUAAUUAAUAAACCUCUAAUUUAAAAAACAAAUUAAGUGAUUAAAAUGAAUGCAUUAUUUUAAUACGCCAUUUUUAAUAAUAAUUACCCCCGUGACCUCAAUCGCCUUUUUCAAUCAGGAGCUACAGAAAACAAAUGGGACAUUUUACUGAUAGUUUUACUGACUUUGUUUUGACCGCUCGCACACAACACACUAAUCAAACGCUUGAUUCUCUUUGUAAAACCAAUCCAAGACUUUCGCGGCCUGGACAAACGAAGAAACAUGAGGACCGAAACAUGAUGGCUAUUUCAGUUUUUAAAGUAAUGCUGGUCAGUGCUGUUUGUAAAUCUGUUUCACCUUUUUGUCUUUUAUAAGCUUUUUAUUUUCGUAACAUUGGUUUUUUGUAUGUUCUAAAGUGUUAAGAUAAAUAUAUUGUCACGUUUUUUUA